AUAAAAUUUUAUUUUGUUUUAAAUGAGUUACCUCUAUUCACCAUACAGAUCUUAUGUAAGACCACAAUAGUAUUCUCCUACACGUUCAUAUGUUUCCCCUUACUACACAUCAACUCCACCAAGAGGUAUAGUUAUUUGCUAAAUAAAUUAGGAAAUUCCUGGGUAGAAAGAAUCCCUGUUGAGUAACGAUAUACAGAAUAUGUUCCAGAACAAAGAAUUGAAUACAAACCAGUAGAAAGAAGAUAUACAGAUUAUGUGGAAAGUAAAUUGAUGUUGACAUAAAUAAGUCGAACAUUAUAGAGACUAUGUACCAGUUCCAAGACUUGAAAGAAGAGUUGAAUAUGUUCCGGUUGAGAGAUAUGAUGAAGCAGUUGAUUAUGUUCCUGUUGAAAGAUCUAGUGUUGUGCGUUAACCAUUAUCAAAUUCAUUAGCUUAUAGCAGAUAUUCCAGAUAUCCAUCCAGAUAUUAUUAUUAUUGAUUAUUAUUAUCCAAUUAAUCACAAAUUCAUAUACAAGUCAA